AUGUCAAGUCCGACUAAAUCAAAAAGUCCUCCAAAAUCAAAGAAAUCAAACAGAAGUAUUUCACCAAAAAAGUCAGGUAGAUCAAGUCCGAAAGAAUAUAAAAAAGAUGAUCAGUUAAAGGUGUUUUCACGUCAGCUUUAUGAUACAAUACAUGCGAUAUAUAAAAAGAAAACGGAAAAUCUAAUUUUAUACCUAACUCAUAUGCACAUCUAUGAAGUAUGGAAUAAAUUACCAAUUUAUGAGCAAUAUUGCAAUUCGAAUAUUGAUUCUAAUAACCGUAAGCAUACCGGAUCCCCAAGAUCAAAAUCACCUAAAAAUAGAUCACCGAAAUCAAAAGGUAAAUCAGCAUUAAAACCAGCUAAUGAUGAUAAAUCCCAAGUGGAAUAUUUACCAGCCAUUUUAGAGGGCACAAUAGCCUUCAAUACAUCUAAAUUCCCACGUAACUCUAAGAUAGUUGUUGAAAUUACAGCUACCUUUCGUUAUAUGGUAAACAGUAGAUCUCCUGUAUUUCACGACAGCACUUGUGCAGAGCACGUGUGUUAUAGAGAUUUUAAAACAAUUUAUCCUCUUCAUUUAGUGUCUGAUAGAGCGAUGAGCGAAUGUACGCAGGAACUAGCUUUCAAGCUGAGGCAGAAACUUGGUCGUGGUUAUAGAGUCCUACCAUUUCAAUUCGAAUUAUCUAACUGUCCUGAUUCAAUUUUAUUCAAUGAUCCUAACGUACAUCAUUUUUCAAAUGGGUUAUCCUGGAAAAUACAGGUAAUUGUAGCGCCAGAUUAUGCUUGCUUACCACUAAAUAAGAAUGAAAUAUCUAUGAACUUUUAUAAAUAUACUAUAACGCCUUUAUUGAGUCAGCAGUCAUUUCAUGAAUCACCGACUGUUGAAUGUACGCGUUUUGCUACCAAUAAAGAAAUUGGUAAUUUGACUUUACGCGCUAAAUUAGAUCGUGAUAUUUACUAUCAUGGACAGUUUAUCAAUGUUAAAAUUGAAAUAGAAAAUCAAUCAGAAAAAUACAUAGUAAAUAAAAUCUGUAUAUAUAUUGAACAAACCUGCCGAAUUUAUCACCAGUUUCCGCAUGAUUCGGUUGUCCAGCUUAAUGAGCUAGUCUUAGAUUCGACAAAUUCGAAAUUACCCAUCCUUCCUAAAACAAAAUUAUGGGUGAAUGAGGUGAAACUCUGUCCACACUUUAACCGAACAAAAGCCAACCUGGCUAUUGAUGGAAAAUUGCCAGCAGAUUCAAAAGCAUUUUUAGCUAGCAGUACUAUUAUUACAUUUAACAGAUGGAUUCCAUUAUUAACAGAAACAGAAAGCACUACUGUUGCAGAAGGUGGAGAGGGCACUAAAACUGUUAAACAGAAAAGUGGAAGUAUAGAUUCCACAUCACCGAAAAAAGCUUCGAGUGCAGAAGAAGAAAACAAAAGUUCACCAAGACAGAAAAGUCCUUCAAAAAAACCAAAUAAAAGUCCUAAGGAGAAGCAUUCAUCAUCACCAAAACGUUCUAAGAAGAAACACUCUCCAUCGAAAAGUCCUGCUGUACAAGAAGCAGGACAGGAACGACAAGAACAACAGCAACAACAGGAAGGUGACGAGCAGAAACAGCGAACACAGAAAUUCAUCAAAGAAACAAGUUUAACUAGUCGACAAAUAUGUAGAUCCAUAUUUAUUAGUUACGAUUUAGUAGUGAGAUUAAAUCUCAACUCUUCAGCAGGCAAUCCAACGGUUAGAGUACCGUUUAUAUUAACCAGAGAAAGUCAGUACAUAGACAAAAUGUCAGCUAUAACCACUGGACCAUCAAAUGUAAUUAGACAAAGCAAUUAG